AUGGGCGAUUAUGUCAACCGACUAGUGCGUCUUUAUGACGUCAAUAUGCGUAUGCCACGCAUCCGGACACUGCUUCCUCAGUUUCGAGAGGAUGAUUUCAGUGACGACGCCUUUUUUGAUCGAUUUCGGUUCACCAAGGAUGGAUUUAACCAGCUGAUGCACUUCAUUGGCGACGACAUCCCGGAACCUGAGAACAAUCGUGGACACCCCAUGUCACCAAGGACCCAAGUGCUAGUUGCACUCCGUUACUAUGCGACAGGUUCGUUUCAGAUCGUUCACGGAGAUUUGCAAGGAGUGUCCCAGCCAUCGGCUUCAAGACUUGUUAAAAGGGUUUCAGGACUGUUAACAAGAAAACGAGCCGAAGUAAUUCGUUUUCCAAUUGGACAGGAAGCUGUUGAAAAUAAAAGGAAAUUCUAUGAACAGUAUGGUUUUCCUGAUGUGCUAGGUUGCGUUGACGGAGUUCAUGUGCCCAUCGAAGCCCCAAGCUUGGACGAACGUGAAAUUUAUAGAUGUCGCAAGGGUUUCAUGUCGCUGAAUGUUCAAGGCAUCGCAGAUACAGAUCUGAAAUUCAUCAACAUUGUUAAUCGAUGGCCGGGGUCAACUCAUGAUUCACGUAUUUUCGAUAACAGCCGGAUUUGUUUCCAGCUUGAACAACGCCAAUUCGAAGGCCUUCUGCUUGGAGAUAAAGGCUACGCUUGCCUACCAUUUUUAAUGACGCCAUUUCGGAACCCAGCUGGCCAAGGCGAUACAACAGAUCACACAAGAGUACAAGAUCUGCAGUUGAAAUAA